AUGGUCAAAUGGCUUCAUGAAAAUAGGACAGAGAGAUAUUCAGCUGAUAACAUUAUGGAUGAAAUAGCUCUUGCAGGACAUGUGGAGAUUUUAGAAUGGUUCGAACAGAAUACCAGUGAGCGAUGUUCAAACACAGUGUUGGAAAGAGUUGAUAAUCUUCAAGUCAUAAAAUAUCUACAUGAGAGGAAUGAAGGUGAAACUAAUAGAUUUGGAUUCUCUACUGAUACAAUGGAUAAUACUUGUUCUCUUGAUGCUAUAAAAUGGUUACAUGAAAAUCGAACAGAAGGUUGUACAGAAAAAGCAUUUUUCAAUGCUAUAAAAAAUAAUAAUUCUCGAGUAUUACAAUGGCUAUUGGACAAUCGAACGGAAUACACUAAACAAUCGAUGGAAAAUGACAUUGAUAAACUCUUGGUACAAGCUUUUGUGGCGGAAUCAAAUUGCACAUUGAAAUGGAUGUUAUAUAAUUUGACGAUUCCAAUUGGCACACUAUUGAAAUAUAAAGAAAAGUAUAGUCAUGCGAUUGAACCAUAUAUAGUAUUAGUAGAAUAUCUUUCAAAGUUGGAGAAGAAUAAUUUUAAUAGUAAUAAUUCUUUGUAA